UACUGAAGAUACUCUCGCUACUCAAACUACUCCACGGAAUCGCCUCCUCGUUGAGGAGGGGUUGGAGUAAAACAGAAAACAUGUUUCUGACCGACAUGCGUGUACGCGGAACCUUAAUCUUCACAUAUUAUAUACCCAAACCCGUACCUUCCCAGCUGAAACUGUGAGUCUGGAGUCUGAGUGGGUUCAACUACCUCAUUCUGCCUUGUUGCAGACACCACUUUGAACUUGACUAGUGCAGUCUGUCUGACAAGGCGUGCAUGCAGGCGCUCAGGAUACAGGACUGAGGAAGGUAUUUGGGGAGUUUCUGAUCUUUGACUUCUCAAGGGGGCUCCAAGAUAAGAGGUCCGAGGAGGAGCCUGACUUUCUUUUUUAUUUGGUUGUUUUUUUUAUUCCCACCACUACCAACCUUGUUGCACUUCAUCGAGACCGGCGUGGGACGAGAGGAGGACCCGGGAGGCUGGUGGUCAAAACAGCGGGAUUGAACUUGGGCCUCUGUCGGGAAGACGCGUGCGUGUGUUUGGAGUAGCAAAGGGGUACACCACGUAAACGGGCUCAGCGCUGACACACCGUUUGGGACGUCGGUUACCGCGGAGACACUGUCACUGGACGACACAAUGCAGCCGGCAGGGGGGCGGACGUUGCUCUGGUUACUGGGCUCCUUGGUUACAUGCAGCCUACAGCAGCCGCUGAGUCCUUCAGGCCGCUGUGAUCAGACGGUGAACCACCAGAUAUCCACCCCAUGUACGUCGUGUGCUGCCUCCAGGACUCAGCUGUGUCCCUUGGGCUACAGGAAGCUCCCCGUCGCCCCACUGGGCCCUGACAUAGGCCAAAGCAGUUGCCAGUACUCAGUGACCAUUGCUAAUCAAAAGAAGAUGUUUUCAGGGUGCUACCACAGCUGUGACAAACCCCGCAGUUUGCCAAAAUGCUGUGCAGAGUUCUGGGGUCCCCUUUGUCUGCCCUGUCCCAGCUGGAACGGGAAGACGUGUAACUGGCACGGAACCUGCAUGGAUGGAAUGUCUGGCAAUGGGACGUGUGUCUGUAACGACGGAUUCACAGGCUUCGCCUGCCAGCAAUGUACCAAGAAGAAUGCAUAUGGAGAUGACUGCAAAUCAGUGUGUGCCUGUGUAAAUGGAGAGUGUAGUGAAGGGCCUGAAGGAAAUGGAGAAUGCUACUGUCAGCCUCCGUACACCGGGCCCAGGUGUGACCAAGUGUCUCCAGCCUGUAAGAACUGCACUGCCUACUCCCACUGUAAAGGAGAUGUGCAGAGGGCAGUGUGUGAAUGUCUCCCUGGGUUUCAGAAGACAGGAGACCAAUGCUCUGGCGCGUGUUCAGAUAAGCAGUGUGACGUGAAUGCAGAGUGUUCCUGGCUGGGGGGGAGGCUGUUCCAGUGCCGAUGUAAGCCCGGUUACGAGGGAGACGGCCGGGUGUGUGUUCCCAUCAACCCCUGUGACACGGAGAACGGAGGCUGUCCUCGUGCCUCCACUGUCUGUGUCUACACUGGCCCCGGGAGGUCCAGGUGUAGCUGCAUGGACGGUUGGAGAGGUUCCACUCCCUCUUCUGGCUGUGAACUUGUGUCUUUGUGUAACGCGACUACAUGUCACCCCUCUGCCCGCUGUGAGACGGAUGAGGGCGGGUUUCCACGGUGCGUUUGUAAUGACCGCGAGAUCAGUGAUGGCCACCGUUGUUAUGGCAAUUUGCUGGAGCGAAUAUUUGAUCUUAACUUGGAAGAAACACACAUGGGGAAGCUGUCUUGGGCCUUGAAUCUGUUCGCGGGCAGCUGUAUGCUGACUCUGAGCCAACAGGGACCUUUGACCGUUCUGGUCCCCUACAUCAAAACACCUCAGCCAGACUGGUCCAAGGAAGUCGUGUGUCAAACUCACGUGUUGAGGGGCGAGCACAUGUAUAAAAGCCUGGAUGGAAAAGACCCCUACACCUCAAGUGGAUUGCAACUCAGGUUUAAACCAAAUAAGAAAUUCAUUGUGAUGAAGUCUCCUGACACUCUGUACUCAAUCGUCGAUCAGGACAUCCCAGCGUCUAACGGGAUCAUUCACAUCAUUGACCAGCCAAUCAGGCCCAGGAACAUCGACGUCCAAAUCGACAUCCCUAAGGAUAAUAAGUUUGCCGGCAAGACCAUCGGUCACAUCCUUACAUUGGAUGAGAAAUUCAACCGCUUCCUCUCCCUGGUGGACAACUGUGGGGCUCCUCUGCCCUUAAGAGGUCCGGGUUCUCUCACAGUCUUUGUCCCAACCAACGAUGCAGUGGACAGCUUCAGAGACGGCCGGUUGAUUUACAUGCUGCACUACGCCCAGAACAAACUCCAGGAGCUCCUGAAGCAUCACAUCUACAACCAGGCUGCAUUGGACGUAAACCAGCUGGCAAGCAUGAAUCAGAUCCAGACCAUGGCCAAUCAGAUCCUACUAAUCAAUGUCACCAGUGACGGCCAGGUUUUGCUGGGCGGGAAACAUGUUCAGACCACUAAUAUUAUAGCAACCAAUGGUGUUAUCCAUAUGAUUGAAGGGGUUCUAGUCCCGCCCUCCAUCGUCCCCAUUCUGCCGAAGAGGUGUGAUGUCACUGAGAGCAAAAUCAUUCUGGGGCCGUGUGUCAGAUGCAGUUAUCUCCAUGAGACCAAUUGCCCCGAAGGAACCACGGAACUGCAACGUUACAUGAAGGACUGUGAGUACCAACAAGCCCUCAACACCAUGCCCAGUAAAGGCUGUGCUAAGUACUGCAACGUCACCUCUGAGAGAGCGGAGUGCUGCAGUGGCUUCUAUGGACCUGAGUGUAAACCCUGUAUAGGAGGCUUCCAGAUACCCUGCUAUGGAAAAGGCACAUGUUUUGAUGGUAUCCAUGGUAACGGGUCGUGUAGCUGCAAGGAAGCGUUUAAGGGCAUCGCCUGUCACAUCUGUUCCGACCCCAAGAAACACGGAGAGCACUGUGACCAGGACUGCCGUUGCCUCCAUGGGGAGUGUGAUAACCGUCCCGGCAGUAAUGGUGUUUGUAGGAUGGACUCCUGUCUGGAGGGCUACUCUGGAGAGUACUGCGAUAAGGAGGUGAAAGCCUGUAACUCGGACGGCGCCUCGACCCACUGCCACGUCCAUGCCUUCUGCAGCUACACCAACGGCCUCCCCACGUGUUUGUGCCUGCCGGGGUAUGAAGGAGAUGGACACUCCUGUACUCUAGUCAACCCCUGCCUGAAGGCAGACAGAGGAGGCUGUGACUCUAACGCCCAGUGUGUGUAUUUAGGCUCGGGGCUGGUAUCGUGUGCGUGUAAUGAAGGUUGGACCGGAGACGGAUUCAUCUGUAUCGAGGUGGACAACUGUCUUCUGCAGAGCAGAGGAGGCUGUCACAAGGACGCAGACUGCCGGUCGCUGGGUCCGGGACAGAGCGAAUGUAACUGUAAAAGAGGUUACAUGGGGGACGGGAAAGUCUGUGACCUCAUCAACCCAUGUGGGAAAAAUAAUGGAGGCUGCCAUUCUAUGGCUAAAUGUAUAGUGGUGCAUGGAGGAAACCACACCUGCAUCUGUCCCCAAGGCUACUCUGGAGACGGAGUCACAUGCUAUGGAAUGAUGGUGGAGGAACUGGAAAUGAAUCGUGACUUGUACAGCUUCAACCGCUUGAUACUGCGGUCAACAGAAUUUGACCUGAGUGGCAACAUAACGGCCCUCGUUCCUUCUAGGGACGCCAUCCGCAACAUGACCCAGUCCCAAGAUGAGUUCUGGUUGAGUCGCUACCGGAGGCAACAUCUUAUAAAAGCCCACUUUCUCCAGGGAAUAUUCUCCAUAGAGGAUCUGGACAGGCAGGUCAACAAGAGACUAGCCACUCUACACCAUCCCACAGCAUGGAUGAUCAGAGCUGUGGAUGGGAAUAUUAAGAUAGAAAAUGCAACCAUCCUCACCCGCAACCUUCCUGCUAUCAACGGGUACAUCCACAUCAUUGAUAAGGUUCUGUUCCCUCCGUUGUCAGACAUCCCACCAGAACCCCCAGGCCUGAUGCAGUACCUCAACAACACCCCCGAUGUCAGCCUCUUCAGGCAGGCAGCACUGCUCUACAACCUGACAGAUGACAUUGGAGUCUAUGACUACACGAUUCUGCUUCCAAACGACGAUGCCAUCCGAGAUUACUUGAAGAAGACCAACUCUACACAACUGAGUCAAGAGGUGUUAAAAUACCACGUCAUUCUGAAAGAGGAACUGUUCCCCGAUCACCUGACUAAUGGAAUGGUGAAGGCCACUUUACUGGGGACGUCCUACCAAAUCAUGUUCCACCUGGGCGAGAACAAUGAGACGUUGGCCAAUGACGUUACGCUGGAUGGGAGAUACAACGAGACGAGACAUGGGGUCGUCAUGAGCCUUCCCCAAGUCCUACAGCUCCGUAAGAACCGCUGCAGCCAGGAUGUGGUACUACGGGUCAGAGGGAAGUGCUCAGCCUGUGAUGAACCCCCUCAGUGCCUCUUCAACUACAAACCAAUUUACAAAGCUCAUCCACCAAACAUGAAAUCUAACUGCAAGUACAGGAAGAGAAUUGGAACAAGAAGGAGAACUACAUCUGGCUGUAUGAAUGACUGUCUGAAAGUAACACAGGACCAUUCGUGCUGCCCGGGCUACUUUGGUCAUGACUGCUUUAAAUGCCCUGGUGAGAUGGACAACUGGUGCUCAGGCAAUGGAAGAUGUAAGGAUGGGAACCAGGGGACUGGGGAGUGUCUGUGCAAUGAGGGUUUCCAUGGGACCGCUUGUGAGUCCUGUGAACCAGGACGCUACGGAAAGGACUGCAAGUCAGUGUGCAGCUGUGUCCAGGGGAAGUGUCUGGACGGAGUGACAGGAAAUGGGAGGUGUGACUGCUUCAAGGGUUGGAAAGGAGUCAACUGUUCCAAGGAGAUUGUGUCAGAUGCCUGUGGUGGAAUUUGUGAUGAAAAUGCUAACUGUCGAUCAACGGAGACGGAGGGCCCUAAAUGCGAGUGUGUUGCAGGCUUCAGGGGCAAUGGAACCGUCUGCACAGAGGUCAAUCCAUGUGACACUAAUAACGGAGGCUGCCAUAAGUUUGCCAACUGCAUCAAGACGCAACCUGGGGAGAGGACCUGUACCUGCCAGGCUGAUUACACUGGAGAUGGGGUGUGGUGUACCGAAAUAAACCUGUGUUUAACCAACAACGGUGGAUGUGCCAGUGAUGCGUUGUGCCUACAGAUAGCACUGAAGGUGGUUAGAUGUCUCUGCCCAUCAGGCUUCACUGUGAGUGGAAAGUCAUGCUUGCCUACGAACCCCUGCAGAGUGGAAAACGGGGGCUGUGGUAAAUACGCCAGGUGUCGUUACUUGGGCAACGGGGAAAGGAACUGUUCCUGCAUGGGAGGGUUCAUAGGGGACGGAUUCACCUGUCGUGGCUCCACCCGCAUGGAGGUUUCUCGCCAGCCUGAAGCUGUGUUUUUCAAUCAGUUACUAUCGGUGUCUAAUGGCCAGAACCUCUAUAGUGAUGGACCCUUUACUAUCUUCAUCCCUCCUGCAGGGAGCAACUUCUCACUUCAGGCAUGGGAAUUGCAGGGUCGCGCCCUUGAUCUGGCCAAUUACCACAUAGUAUCCUGUGAAACUCUGAAGCUCUCUGACCUGAGGAGCACCUCCAGGGUUGUGACCGAAUCUGGGUACCAGCUUAUCUUCAGCCUUAACAAUGGUUCUGUGUACAUUAAUAAUGACACUAAGAUCAUCUCUGGUGAUUACAUUACAUCGAAUGGAGUGCUUCACUAUAUUGACAAGGUCCUGACACCAUACGACCUGACUGAUAAAACGCCAAUAUCACGAAAGCUUAACUUUACUGAAGCAGCUGAACAAUAUGGAUACAGAGAAUUCCUCAAGCUGGUGCAGGAUGCCAACAUGCUGAGCCUGGUAGAGAGCAAGGUUCACCAGCCUCUGACCAUGUUUUGGCCGUCUGACGCUGCCCUCCGCUCUCUGACUGAGGAGAGGAAGCGGUGGCUUUACAGUGCCGACCACAGAGACGUCCUUGUCCGCUACAUCAAAGCUCACAUCAUACGCAACAUCAAGAAAGUGACCAUGACUUCUCUCACUAAUUUCCGGACAAUGCAUGGAUCAACCAUAUCCUUAAGCUGUGACAAGACCGUUGUGGGUGACAUCAUGGUGAAUGACAACAUGGCCAAGGUCCUUGAUCGUUUUCUGUUUUUUAACGGGGGAGUGGCGUACGGCAUUGAUCAGUUACUGGAACCUCCUGGUCUGGGGGCUCACUGCGAUGGAAUGGAGAACAAGACAACAUAUGGAAUGUGUGGAUUCAGCUUGAGCCCCCCCACCUGUCCUGCAGGAUCCACAGAUAUGGGCAACACUGAAAGCUGCAGGUUCCGUCACUACAACCAUCGCCUCUACCCCAGACGACCCUUUGACCUAUUCAGCCAUGACUAUGGUUACUUACCGUUGCGUUAUCGCUCACAAAACCUGGGCAGGAGGAGGUUGUGUAACACCACAGUCUGGGUCACAAAAUGCUGUAAGAACCACUAUGGAAGAGACUGCCAAGUGUGUUCGGGGGGUUUAGAGUCUCCUUGUGGGCUUCAUGGGGACUGCAAUGAUGGCCGGCUGGGAUCGGGACUGUGCAAGUGUCAUAAAGGCUUCAGAGGAACAGCCUGUGAACUGUGUGAACCCGGUCACUACGGCGACAACUGCACCGAGUGCAAAUGCACGCCUCAUGGACAGUGUGAGGACGGGAUGGACAGAGAUGGGAGCUGCACAUGUGAUGAAGGAUGGACUGGAGACAGCUGUCAACUCCAGAUAGAGAAGAAGCCAGUGUGUUCUCCAGAAUGCCAUGGCAAGGCUGUGUGCCAGGCAGACAAUGUGUGUGUCUGUCAGUCUCAGUACGUGGGGGGCGGCAGGAACUGCUCAGCUCCUGACCUGUGUGCAGAGUACAAUGGCGGCUGCCACCAGCACGCGACCUGUCUCCAAACGGACCUGAAGGUCAACUGUACCUGUCUGUCGGGCUACGAGGGAGACGGGAACUCCUGCUCACCAAUCAACAGGUGUGUCGCCGAGACCAAUGGAGGCUGCAGUGACUUCGCCACCUGUCUGUUCACAGGACCUGACGAGCGUCAGUGCGAGUGUCUGGAUGGUUAUGUUGGGAACGGCCUCCAAUGUCUGGAGAAGGUGGUUCCUCCGGUCGACCGCUGCUUGGAGGACAACGGAGGAUGUCACCCCGAGGCCACCUGCAAUGACCUGCACUAUCAAAUUAACUCCGCCGGGGUGUACCUCCUGCGCUCGGCUGCGGGGAGGUACCAGCUGAACUACACCGAAUCGAAGGAAGCAUGUGAGGCUGAUGGAGCCAAGCUGGCCACCUUCGCCCAGGUGUCUGACGCACAACAGUUGGGGUUGCACCGAUGUGUGGCUGGCUGGAUGGAGGAGAAGAAAGUGGGGUAUCCAACCACAUUUCCAUCUGAAAAGUGUGGUGACAAGCAUGUUGGUAUAGUGCUGUACAAAGACCCAGUGGACCUAAGCAGCAAAUAUGACGCUUACUGUUACAGACUAUCAGAUGUGUCGUGUGUUUGUGGAGACCGGUACGUCGGCAAUGGUGUGUUCUGCAAUGGAGACCUGACCAGCGUUUUGGCAAUGAAUUCCAACUUCUCCACGUUCUACAACAUAUUAUUGAAUUAUGCAGGUUCCUCAGCAGAGGGAGAAAAUCUAUUGCACUUUCUCACCACCAGUUCAUCCAAUGCUACUCUAUUUGUGCCACACAACACUGGCUUCGCAGUCAAUGAGACCUUAUCAGCCCGGGACGUGGAAUACCACAUCACUACUACCAAUAGCAUGAUAUACUACGAGGAUUUGGAACAUAAUAAAGUCAUCCCAUCCAGACUGGGAUAUAAUCUCUCAGUGGCCAUCUCCUCCAGGAACACUUCUCAGCAGAACGAGGACCCCCAGACCUACAAGCUAGUGAACAAAAGGCUUGUGUUGGCGUGGAAUAUCCCAGCAUUCAACGGAAUCAUUCACGUCAUUGAGGGUCCUUUCAGGGCCCCGCCCCUUCUAGUGCACCCCGGCUCGUCGUCAGGCCAACACCAUGGGGGUAAAACCGUGGCAACCUCCAUACUGGUGACCUUUCUGAUCCUUUGCAUCAUUGCUGGACUCUCCUAUUAUGUCUUCAAACACAAGAACGAUGCCUUCCGCUUCCACUACUUCAAGAAUGAAGAUGAUGGUGCCUCCAGGCAGGGAGACCAACCAGCUCUGGUGUCCAUCCCAAACCCUCUCUAUAGUGGGUACAGGGCCUUCAAUGAACCCUUCGUUGAACAGUGUGAAUCAACAGCAGAAGAUGCUGAAUCAGCAGCAGCACCUCCGGAACCUCAACUUCUGGAUAUAUAAGAACAAUACAAUG